AUGUCGACCUCGACACGUGAAAAUAUCACGCACUCGCCGUCAUGGGCCAUGGAAAACCUCGUCGGCAACGCGAACCUCCGGCUCGGGAUUCCGGACACCAUCUUGUUCAGAGAUGGUGCACCGCAUGUCUGGCUCUUCACAUCGAAAACGGGAGAUGUCCUCAAUAAGAGGUCGUUGCGAAAGUCCAGCAUCAAGGAGAGGUUCACACGCCUGUUCGCCACUAACCCCAACAACCCUCAUCAACGCAUAGCAACAGUGCGGUUCAUGGACGGCACGGUCCGGAACCUCGGGAGGGAAGCCUUCAAGGAGAUGAUGAGCAAGUUUCCGGCAACGGAGCCAGGGAUUGUGUCCAUCCAGUGCUACAUGCAGGGGAAGGGAGCAAGUGGGACCGUCUACCGUAACUCUUAUCGGGUCGUAAACGACAAGGGUCUCGCCGUGACAGGAACGAGCUCGUUCACCACGCUCGCCGCCGACCAAACGGCAGCGACCCCGUCGUGCACGUGGAGCGAACGGGAGAUCAAACUCGAGAAGUGCUUGGCUUCUAGCAUAAACAAGGCGCUAGACGCCGUCACCUUGGGCAUCGUGCGCUACAUCGAAGCCGAGCAGGAUAAACCCACCCGCAUCCUCGGCCUCAUGUGCGACUACGUCGUGGAUGCCGCGAGUCAAAUCUGGCUGACUUGGAUGGGAGAGACGACAACUGCGGUAGCAGACGCCGCACGAGACCUGCGACUCGCCAACGUUGCGAUGGAGGGGCCGCGCGGGCGCGGCGAGUUUCUAGGCCCACAGAACGCGCUCGACAUGCAGAGAGAAUUCGGGGGCCCUCCGGGUCCAACGAGAAAGGCCCGCCGUCGGGUUGAUUGCCCACCAGCAGGGGCGGCGUCUACAGGGGAAGAAGCAGACUUGGGGGAAGCCGUAGACCGUGCGGCGGAAGUGAUCGAGCUACCGUGCGAAAAAUUCGGCGCCGGAGGCUCGGGGGGUAUAGCGAACGUGCUCUCCCGCGCGAAAGCGGCAAAACAUGGGGCCAUGGUUUCGCUUCCGGGAGCAGGAACUUCGUCGUCGGUAGUGGCCGGGUCGUCUUCCUCUCCCUCGUUGGCGGGCAUGCGCGAACAGAACGUAGACGCCACCAUGAGAGCAACCACUCUGUCGACGAUGACAGUUGGGGUGAAAACUGGCGAGGCGUGGGAGGCCAAGGGUAGUGGUGGCAGAUCACUGGGGGAGAAACGGUUUCCCAGCUCGUUCGCAUGCGCUGGGGACUACUGCACGAUCCGAGUACUGGACCCGCGAGAGGACGCGGAUGACCCGCGCAAGAAACGAGAUCCACAAGGGUCGCUGCUCGAUCCGGCUAUUUCCGACAAAGAUUUUUUCACGGAGGUGGCCACACGGCUGUUCAGCGGGCAAGAACUGUCCGCUCUUCGCAGGGAUGCGAGUUUCCGCCGUCAGAUAGAGGAGGGUCUCGUGAUGGAGGUGAAAACUCCGUCAUCCACGACAGCGGGGGCGGGGGGCGGGGAAGGGGGACAGCACGCAGGAGGGGGAGCUUCCGCGCCAGGAAGACAUUGCGGAGCUGGUGGAGGACCCAAAGGCGACCCCGUCGCAGGGGGGCUGAAGGACAGGGACCCUACGGCUUGGUCCGAGGUUUCGUGGAAAAGCAUAAGUCUAGCGAGAAGGGGAAGGGAAAAUCGAGCGGGUAGCGCCAAGGAGGACAAAGAAGGGCUGUCUCUCCUUGACUCGGGCGAGACGCAAAACAAGUUUGGUACGGUGGGAAAGGGUGGGGUGGGGGAGGGUGCAGAUGGUUCCAGCGGCAGCGGGGAAGGGCAGAAGGAUACUCGGAGACGCUCGCUGCAGGAGACGGAAUCUAGUACGAUGAGGCAGCACGCUCGCAAGAGAGAGGACGAGUUCCUAGCAGGAGGCGCCCAGAACUUUUACAAACCUGUUCGCGUGUGUGGGUCUUGUUUCAGGGUGUACGCUCUGCUGGACAAGGCGCGGGCGGCUAUCGCCCGUCAGGAGGCCCUCACUGCGGAAGAGCUUGCCGUGUGCGAGCGCUCAGACUUCCUUGACUCUUCAAGGUCUUCCGUACCGCGAAGACGGCGACCAAGAGCGAAGCAGCACGACCUCUACAGCGCACAAGAAGAAGGUACAGACCCGGUGAGCGUGAGCUCGGACGAGCUGCAAGAGCGCCGCCGCCGUCGACGCGGCGGCGGCGGCGGCAGCGAUUCUACCCGAUCAACCGCUGCGGGUGCCCUGCCUACUCGUCCUCGCAGCCAUGGAGACGACGACGGCCAAGCCAAGAAACAGCGUCGACACAGGGCGGACGGGAGUGGGGGGUUCAGCGGGGGCGGGUGGGAGGCUCACACAUGGAGAGGGAGGCUGGAAGAAGGGAACGGAGCAGGUCAGAACAAGGGCAAGGGGCUCGCCAAUCGCCCGGCUCUCUCGUCUGGGAAAAAGUUUGAGGACCUGGACAACUACCUCCGAGGGUGUGCUUCGGCUUCGGCGGCCAAGCGUGAGAAAAGGAAGAGGGGGCUAGGGUUAAGUCGGGGUAGCGGCGGCGGGGAAAGCUGUGCAGGGACGACCACCGACGGGAGCUCGUUGUCGUUUGCCGAAGGGCACGAGGACGAUGACGGGGAGGAGGAGGGAUCGGGCCUUUUCCACGCACGGGUUCUGGUUGCCGAGGCAGAGCCCAGAUCUGCCAAGACGAUCAAGGAGACGCUUGAGCAAGCGGGAUACAUGGUUACGGUGGAAGGGGACGGCAAGCAGGUGCUCGAAGCUUUGAUCGACGGCGACGGGGAGUGGGACGCGCUCGUGGUCGAGCGAGACACGCCCGUCAUGGACGGCUUCCAGAUAGCCUCAGCCCUGAGAGACUUUGAGAAGGCGCGAAGAAACCGCUCUUCCAUGGUGCGGGCGGCUGCCGUGGAAGGGCACGCGAAAGCAGGCGGCGGUGGAACAACGACGCACGGCCAAGGCCGGCAACAGGAUGAUGGAGCCCCGUCCUCCGUCCCCCCAGCCGCCGAGCUCAGACACCUGCCGAUAAUAUGCCUCACUUCAAAGGCCUCUCCGGAUGACCUCCGCUCCUACAUGGCCGCCGGCAUGGACGGCUGCAUCUCCAAGCCCGCUGAGCCGGGACCCUUGCUCAACACUCUCCGCGCUGCGAUCCCACGGCAUCUCUCUCGGCCGUCGUCGAUAAACGGUGGCGCGCUCACGAACGGGGCUGGUCCCGGCCGCGGUGGCGGCAUGAAGGUCAUGCAGGGCAAGGGGAUGGGAGUGCUGAAAGGUUCGGCGGCGUGCGCCGCUGAGGGCAUGGCGCUAGCCCCGAGGCACGAGGGCAGCGUGGAGGGGAGCUUGCAGGUUGAUGCGGAUACUGCUGUCCCGUACUGUGUUGUCGGGUCACCGCCUUCGGCCGGGGGGUCUUCCGGGCGCUUCUUCAACCUCGUGGUGUGCCACGACCUCUUCGACAACUACGAGCGCAUGAAAAUCGUCGUUGCGCCGUUGAUCGCACGGUACCCAGGGGCGCAGGUGCUACUCUGGAACUAUCCUGGUCAGGCUUUCAGUGAGUGGAGAGAGCAGCAACUGCUCAACAAUGAGUACCUGUCCACCAUCCUGCAGUUCCUCUUGCUGCACCUCGGCAAGAAGAGCAAGGGCGGCACCGGGGACUUCGACUCGGACAGGCCUUACCACCUCGUGGGGUUCGGGUCGGGAGGAGCGGUGGCUACCUUCUACGCGAGUCACUUCGCAACCCCUUCUCCGCGAUCGCUGCUCCUAAUCAACUCCUUCUCCUACGUCGACGCCUACCUGGCCGGAGUGCUGCACGACUGCAUGAACGUCUUCAACUGCGCUCCCGAGUCCAGGCCCGACUUGCCCGUGUACUUCCACGCCAGGUUUCUCUUCAGCCCGGCGUACCUGGGACAGGUAUCGACACCGCUGGCGCUCAAUAUAUACACGGCCGUACACAACCCGAUCUCGGUCAAAGGGCGGCUGCAGCUCUGCAAGGGGGCGCUCGCGCACGUCGACACGCGCCCGGUGCUCUCCGAGAUAGACAUCCCCGUUGUCUGCAUCCAGAGCACCCAAAACAACUUUGUCAAACCGUUGCACACCGACCCUUACGUCUCGAGGCGCGGCGGUGAGGUCCGGAGCAUCCACAAGGCCCUGCAAGACCCGAGCAAGACCUGCGUGGUGUGGAUGAACGCGGGGCAUGAGCUGUUCCAGGAGGCCAGGAUCCAAACGACAACCCUCCUCGAACAGGCCAUCUCAGGAUACCACGAGGGAAACGACGUCGUCUACGCGAUGAGCCACCCAGAGUUUGCGGCCACCAAUGCCACUGCCGGUGGCAACAAGCCCGGUUCUGCUGGUCGAGCUGGAGGUGUCGGAGCAGGAGGACAUGGUGGUGGCCUGGACGAAGCGAGAGCGUCGAAGAGCCGCCGGAGCACCGCCACGCGAGGAAGCGCGGCAGCGGCCAUCGGCGGCGGGGCCAGCGGCAACGGGAUUGGCGGGGGCGAUACCUUCGAAGAUAGCUUCAUCGACAACGUCCUCGGCACCAUGUCCGACAUGCAGUCCGAGGCCCGCCACCGGGAGCGGGGAAACCUCUUGCGAGCCGGACGCGGCGCCGGUGCCGGCGGCGACGGAAGCGCGAGCACGUUAGAUGCGCACGGCCGGGGGGGAGAAGAGGAGGACACAACCGCCGACAAUACCGAGAUGGGAUCGGCGUGGGACGGCAGCCUCGGCGAGGUGUACGGAUCGUCGUGGGAGAAGUAUCGCUCGAGCGUGGCCGUCGCCGGCACGAACGCCGCCAACAGGGGGGGGCACUUCGGGAACACCGGUGGCGCCGGGAGCGCCUCAGACGAAGAAGAGCGAUGGCGGCGAGAUCGUCGGGGCAAGGGCAGACGACGGCGUGGUGGCGGGAAGCCGGGAGGCGAGGGCAACGGGCGCGUGCAGGGGCGAAACAUCAUGGUUGGGACUGUGUUGGACGCGGCCCAUCCGGCGUUCGAGCGUCAGGAUAACCUGGUGUACGGGUUUGGGCAGGGGAGCAAGGUCUACCCGCAGCCCGAGGAAUUCCCAGAGGUCAAGGAGUACAUGUCCUGGCGACUGAAGCGCAAUCGAAAGCGCCUGGUUCGCCUGGACCGGGCCGCGCGCAAGAUCCAAGGUGCCCUGCGCGCCUACCUGGCUCUGAAGAGGGCCCAGCUCAUGAGAGAGAACCGGGCGUGUGUCUACAUCCAGACCAUUUUCAGGGGUUGGCGCGGGAGGCUGAUGUUUCUGGAGAAGUUGAGGUCGGUGUGGGCGGCCCAGGUGGUGCAGAGGAACUGGAGGGGAUACGCCUCGCGGCGGUGGUUCCGGCUCCUCCGCCGGCAGCAAGCCGCGUGCGGGCACAUGCAACGCGUGUGGAGGGGGGCUCUCAUCCGGCGGCUCGUCAAGGCGACCAGGAGAAGGCGGGACCACGCGGCCGCCGUGAUUCAGUCCCUCUGGAGGGGCGUGUCCGGUCGGCGGUACGCGUUCCGCUGCCGAGAGGAGAAGUACAACGCCAUGACCAUCCAGCGCGUCUUCCGCGGGCACACGGGUCGCCGCAGGGCGGGGCGGGAGCGCGACAAGUACCUCUUCUCCAAGAGCCAGAGCCAGGGGAUAGACUUCGGCCGGCAGAUGCUGCUCGAGCACAAGCUCCACGCGACCCGGCUGCAGAGCGACGUCCAGCUGCUGACGGGGGAGAAGGUCGGGGCGGAGGAGGCCGUGGAAGCGAUGAUGGAGGAGAUCAGCGAGUUCGAGGAGGCGGUGACGGUACUCGAAAGGGAGAUGCACCAGCUGUCCAAGAUCGAGACCGAGGCGGUGGGGGUCCUCGACGAGGAGGCACGGCUCGAGCUUCGAGAGCAAAAGGCUCGAUUGGACAAAGAGUUUGGAGAAAUGCUCGGCAAGAUCGCAGACCGUAAAGAUAGGUUGCUCCACAUGGAGAAAAAGCUUGCCACCCUCGACAGGACUCGCCUCGGCAAGGAGGAAGAACUGCGGACCUUGGAACGCAAGCUGGUCGUCCUCUUGGAAGAGCAGCAGCGGGAGCUGGACAACAUCCGCCGUCGCCAGGAAAAGAAAGGCGUGCUCUUGCUCACGGCGUCCGGAGACGGCAGCGGCGGCGGGCCUGGGGACAUGCUCAGCGGCGGCGGAGACGGGGCGGGACCGUCCGCGAAGGACAAGCGGCAGGCGGCCCAGCUCAUGCAGUCCACGGAAACGCUCAUGAAGUUCGGGUUCAUGUCCAUGUCGAUGACCUACUUCAGCAGCCUCAAUAUGAUACGCGCCAUGCGCAGCGUCGGAGCCACCGACACCGUCAUGGCCGCACUUGCGCACAACGCCAACGGUGCCGGUGGCGGCGGGGCGGGAAGCGGUGGCGGCGACGGCGGGGGUGGGCGGGAUGAUGGGCGGGCUCUUGCGCUGGAGCAGAACGAAAAGUUAGGGGCGGAGUCGUUCCGACCCGCACUCAAGCCUGGGCAGCUCCCGGGGCAGGAGCCGCUUGCCGUGUCCGCGUGGAGCGUUGACGACGUUGCUCGUUGGUUGCAGACGUUGACCUUGACGCAGUACCAGGAGGCUUUCAUCGCGGCGGCCGUGGACGGAGCGUUCUUGUACGACCUGAACGAUGACGACCUUAAGAGCAGCCUGGGAGUGGAGCACCGGCUGCACCGCAAGAAAAUUCUCAACUCGAUCGGUCGCCUCAAGGCCGCCGAGGCGGAGAGAGUCCGACCGGUCGCUCUCAACUCGGCGAUGUCGAGCCAAAAGGGGAUGCAGGGCUCUCCGGAGGGCUUUCAUCAGCAAUCAUUCGACCAAGGGUUCGACCCGGUCAUUCUGGGUGACGCUGGCGAGGCUUUGGGCAGAGUCGGGACGGCUGACGGGGGCGGCUCGCCGGGAGCUAGUGGCGGUGGUAUUGGGCCCGUGUCGGUGCCGAUCCAAUUCAAGGAGCUCCUGGUGCUCACACGCCGAGGCAAGUACAAGCAGAUCCGUGAGAUACUGGAACCGUUGCCCGAUCGGAGGUUCGACACGAGCACCAUUCGCGUCCCGUACGUGACCGGCUUCGGAACGGCGUACGUCGACGCCUACGAGCAGGAACCGUUCAACCUGAACAAAACUGACGACCACGGCAAUACCCUUCUUAUAGUGGCGGCCCAAAAUGGCAACAUAAAGAUGGCCAAGCUCUAUGUCUACAAGGGGGCUAACCCCAACCACCAGAACAAGGCGGGACAGAGCGCCGGCCACUACGCCGUCAGCUACCAAUUCUUCGAGAUGAGCGAAUGGCUAUUCCUGCAGGACGGGAACGGCGGCGGGGCCGACGACACCCUCGAGAACUCUUUCGGCCUGGGGCCGUACGACGGCCUUCAGCCGGAUGGCGGGGGUGGGGGCGGAGAGUUGAUGCUGGAAGGGGGGGGGUAA